GUGUCGGCGAUUAUACUAUUGAUUCUUCACUUUUACCGCCGAUAUAUACCUCCCGUAAAGCAAACCAAAAAGAUUACAUUCAAACGGCCCAAGAAGUGGGAACUCAUUUACACCACUUUCGGUGUCUUUAUAAUCGGCAUAUUCUAUGGCUUUGAAUUUAUGGUGUUUGAAAUGUUGCCCACAUUUAUCGAGAACUCAUACCUACAACUGUCCGCCUAUAAGUCAGCCCUCAUAUACGCUAUAAUGACGGCCACAUUUACGGCCGCUCGCGGACUAAAUGUCUUGAUUUCCAUUAAAUUCUGGUCUAAAAACAGUAUUUACUUGAAUUUAAUUCUGAUAAUAGUGGGAAACGGUAUUUUAGUCCUCUUUGAGACCAAUAAACACUCGGAAACACUACUAGUGAUAGGAGUUAUGAUUUUAGGUAUCGGGAAUCGUAUUGAGUAUAAUCGGUCCGGCGUUAAGCAAUUUGGCGUUUAAAUUGAAUGUUGAGAUCAAUGAAAUAUCACUUGUUUUUACCUAUUUUGGUAUUGGAUAUACUAUUGGACCGAUUUUAAACGGAAUCAAAUUCAAUCGCUUUAAUAGACAGCUAACCCUCUUCUGUCUACUAAUACUGAUGGGAUGUGCGAUCACUUUAUUGCCAUUUUCUACAAACUUAAUAUAUCUGUUCAUUGCAGCCACUAUUUGUGGCUAUUGUUCAGGAGGUCUGGACACUGGACUUAUUGUAUGGAUUGUGGAAAUCUGGACAUUUGAAUCCCACCUUUAUUUAGGAGGCGCCGAGUUCUUCUACGGACUCGGAUUAUGUGCCGCACCCCUAAUGUCCGCAUACUUUCUCUCCAACAACAUUAUAGACAUCACACAUAACCACACCAUUGAAGCCAUCACUAAAAACAUCACUGAAAACAUCACAAAUACGAAUACAUUUUCUGACUUUUAUGUUGAAAUACCGUUUGUAAUCAACGGUGUAUUAUUGAUGAUCGCAUCCAUUGCCUUAUUAAUUAUGCACUUUUAUCGCCCGUAUAUUCGGAUAGUAGAAACGGAUCACAAACAGAGGUUUAAAUGUCCUGAAAAGUGGGAUCUUAUUUGUAUUACUCUCGGAGUACUUAUAAGCGGAAUAUUCUUCGGCUUUGAAUUCAUGGUCUUUGAAUUAUUGCCCACUUUUAUGGAGAACUCGUGUCUACAACUGUCCCCAUCCAAGAGUGCCUUUAUAUUCGCUAUAAUGACUAUAAUAUUCACUUCAGUUCGUGGUCUCAAUUUCAUAGUAUCCAUCAAAUGGUGGUCCAAAAACUCAAUUUACUGUAAUUUCCUUUUAAUAUUAAUCGGAAAUUUUGUUUUAUAUCUGUUUGAGACAAAUAAUUGUUCAGAAAUGGUAUUAAUUAUUGGCGUUAUUAUCGUUGGCAUUGGUUUCUCAACGGCCUAUCCAUCAAUAUUUGCAUAUCUCGGCACACAUUUAUCAUUAAGUAAUACAAUCGGAGGGUUUUGUGUGAGUGCCGGCGGAAUAAUGGGUGCUCUCUUUCCGGCCAUAUGUGGAC